AAUGAACUGGCCUUUAUUUUGACAAGCUAGCAUCGGCUGUUAUCGUGAGUUUAUGGACACCUACAUUUAGUGCAUGACUUUGGUCUGCAUUUCGUCAUUGUUUAAUCUGUCUAAAAUUAGUGGAUGUUUUAAAUAUUCCCGUAUUGAACUAUGGAACAUUCUAUUAUUAUUAAUCAAGGGGCGACGAAAUGGGACAUUCGCCAAAGGGUGUGGGAUUACAUCGAGGCGAAAAAUCUGGCGAAUUUUCCACGACCGGUUCACCACAGGAUUCCCAAUUUUAAGACGGCCGUGCAGGGCUGCAGCAGACUCCUGGUCCUGCAGGAAUUCAUGUCCAGCAGGGUGGUCAAAGUGAACCCAGACAGACCACAGGAGCAAGCGCGCUUUGACACUCUGAAAGCUAGAAAAGUGUUGCUUGUCCCAACGCCUCGACUACGUACUGGACUCUUUAACAAAAUUGUUCCCCCUCAAAGCCCAACCAAAGAGGACCUACGAGUGUGCUCCACCUCUCGGGGGGUUAAGGACUUCAGUGUCCCAAUUGGUUUAGAUGCAAAAGUUCAAGUGGAUCUAGUGGUGGUUGGAUCUGUGGCUGUAUCUGAAAAGGGUUACAGAAUUGGCAAAGGGGAAGGAUUUGCUGAUAUGGAAUAUGGCAUGAUGGCAGCAAUGGGAGCAGUUAAUGAGUCCACAGUGGUUGUGACUAUUGUUCAUGAUUGCCAGGUUGUGAACAUUCCCGAGGAGCUGAUUGAAAGUCAUGACCUCACAGUGGACUACAUCCUCACUCCAACCAGGAUUAUCAAAACUGAUUGUAACCACCCUAAGCCAGGGGGCAUCAUUUGGUCCAAGUUGGAUACAGAGAUGCUGGAGAAAAUUCCCAUCCUGAAAAGACUGCAAGUCCUGGAACAGAAGGCUGGUAAGAAGGUCACAUUGAAGUCGUUCCCUGGCGAAGGUCAGAUUGUGCGGGAUGCGCCUCACCCCAGGCACCCAAAACCUGGCUUCAGGCAUGAGCCCAAACAAAAGCCAGAAUACACGUGCGAUGGAACAGCGGGUGACGGAGGUGAGAGGCUUGAGGGUGGUGGUGUGGAAUGUAACCAUCCUCAGGGGCCCAUAGGCACGCUGUACCUGGGAGGUAUCCCAGCAGGACUGCGUGUUGGAGAGCUGAAACGCCUGCUGAGGGAGCGUCACGCCAUGCCCUUUAGGCUCACCUGGCAGGGACCGAGGCAAAGCGCCUUCCUGGACUACAGCAACGAACCAGCAGCGGACCGCGCCCUGGCUGCCCUGCAGGGCCUCUCCAUCAACGGCCACGCCCUGCAGGCUGAGCGAGCCAGGGGCCGCAGAGCUGGAUGGACGCCGCAGAGACCCAGGGACAUGGAAGCCAAACGAACCACUAAUUGCACUGUCAGCAACACUGUCCCAAAUGUUGGGGGAUGGUAGGGCAAAGGUCCAGAAAAAAGGAUGGAAGAUUUCUUUUGUAGAAAAAAAAAAUUCUGUAAGGUAAUUAUUCAGAAAUAGAAAUCAUCUCUCUGGGAAAUUACAUUCUCAUGACUCAAUGAGUUGUCAUUGAAUUGUUUUUAGACUAGUCAUAAGUUUAUCUUUGUUACAUUUGUGAUCCUUGUAAUGUAUAAAGAGUAUUUACGAUAAAAGGGUUAAUGGAAUGCACAGUACCAAAUAAAAGAUAGAUUAUUAA